UUUCACCUUGGUCUCCGUCUCGAAAGUUCAAUGAAGGCAGACGCCUCCCUCCGGCCAGGAACAUGAAGGGCUUAUCGGGCAGCCGUUCCCAGCACCAGAUCCCUUUACCCCAUGGCUUGGACUACGACCCCCACAUCCAUGACCUCCAUGCUCACCAUGGCGCUGACUCCCGCCACCAGUCCUACCUGCUCAGCCCCACGGAGAGCUGCCCCAUGGACUUCCACCACCGCUACUCACCGCGCAGCUCCAUCCACUCUGACUGCAUGAUCAUGGGGCCGGUCAUGAUGCCUCCAGCUGCCGUGUCCGAACACAUCUCCAGCAGCACCUUCCCCAGAAUGCACUACAGCUCACAGUAUUACGACUCGGCCACACGGGACGACUGCGCUGCCAUCACAGCCUCUGCCACCUCCCCGGCUGUCGCUGCCGCUGCGGCCGCGGCAGCUGCCUCCGCCCACCACGCCGGCAACAAGAGCAACCGCCUUCCUGCUAACCUUAUGGACCAGUUUGAAAAACAAAUGCCACUGCACCGUGACGGCUUCCACACAUUACAGUACCAGCGCACCUCCACCACCACCGAGCAACGCAGCGAGAGUCCUGGCCGCAUCAGGCACCUCGUUCAUUCUGUCCAGAAGCUCUUCACAAAGUCUCACUCCCUGGAGGGCUCGUCCAAGAUGAACGGCACAAAAGGGGACCAUGGAGGAGGUGGAGGAGGAGCGGGAGGUUACCACCAUCACGGCCACCACUCCACCAAACACGGUAGCAAGAGGAGCAAGAGCAAAGAACGCAAGCACCGCUCCGGCGGCUGGUGGAGCUCCGACGACAAUCUGGAUAGUGACAGCACCUACCGCACGCCCAGUGUCAUGUCGCGGCACCACGGAGAACACGUCAGCCACUGUUACCCGGAUUCCAUGCACAGCCACCACUUUGGAGACCUGUCUCUAAAGACCUCUAAGAGUAACAAUGAUGUCAAGUGCUCGGCCUGUGAGAGCAUGGCCAUGGCGCCUGAGGGCAAAUUCAUGAAGAGGAGCUCCUGGUCGACACUGACAGUCAGCCAGGCGAAGGAGGCCUACAGGAAGUCAUCGCUCAAUCUAGAGAAACCCAUAAUGCAUAUGGACCUCAAGCCUUCACGGACAUGUCACUACCUGCAGGUGCCCCAGGACGAGUGGAGUGGAUACCCCGGCGACAAAGACGAGGAGAUCCCGUGUCGGCGGAUGCGCAGCAGCAGCUACGUCAAAGCUAUGGGAGAGGUGGAGGAUGAAAGUGGCGACUCUGACACCAGCCCGAAGACCUCCCCCCAGAAGGCCGUGCGGCCUGACGCUCUAGUCCUCAAAUCAGCCAUGCAGAGAGCCCACUUCGACUCCCACAGCCAGGGCUACCACUUGCAAACCACAAGAGAAAUGCGGCCCCACCCCAGUGUCACGCUGGACCCCGCCUCCUUCCAUCCGCCGCCCUUCCGAUCUCGCAACCAGAGCUACAUGCGCGCAGUCAGCACCCUCAGUCAGGCUAGCUGCGUCAGCCAGGUGAGUGAGACUGAGGUCAAUGGCCAGUUUGAGUCAGUUUGCGAGUCCGUUUUUAGUGAAGUAGAAUCCCAGGCCAUGGAGGCCUUGGACCUGCCUGGUUCGUUCCGCACUCGAAGCCACAGUUACCUCCGUGCAAUUCAGGCUGGUUAUUCCCAAGAUGACGACUGCUUGCCUUCAAUGACAUCCUCCACUGUCACUUCAACUCUCAGAUCCACAACAGAGGGAUAUGAUAUUGUGGAUGGGACCUCUUUACUAAAUGAAGACAUGAUAGACGAUGAUGACGGUGCUAGCUCCUCUGCCUAUGCGGAGCUGGAGAGGCUGGAGAGAGAGACUAUGGCCUGUCGCAGCCAGCACAGUACUAGCUCCACCAUAACAGCCAUCUCCGUCCCACCGGCGUCCCCGCCUUCGUACAGGAUCCCCUCCGCCUCGCCGGUAUCCGCCUCCGAGGCCCCGGUCCCUCAGGCCCUUCAGGCCUUUAAGGAGUCGGCGAACAUGGUCGCUGCCUUCAACCUGCAGUGGAAGGAUGAAAUCUCGGCAAUGCGCUAUGAGCUGGCAGAGCUGCGCAGGGACGUCUGUGGGGAACUGAAAACGUUCAACAGCAACUUCUUCAACUUUACUCAGUGCUACAAUAUGUGGACUCUGUGCCGGGAGCCGUGCAGCGACAGCACCACGCAAACAGACGACAGGGUGUCCAUAGGAAUCCAAGCAGGCUCCAGUUGGUCCAUCCGGCAGAAUAAAGAGGACAAGUCGGUGAUGUGCCAGCCAGAGCCGGCGCCGUUCAGCAUAAUGGAUUUCAUGGACCCGCCACGGAUUGAGAUCAUAGAGGGAACCCCUGAAAGCACGCCAGACGGGUCGGGCAGCCCUGCCAGCCCCAUUCCAAUAGAGGACUUCCCCUGGGAGAUCAUAAAAAAAAAGCCCCAUAAGCAGCAGGACUCAGGUGCCCACACGGGUGGCCACAGAAGCGCCAGUCUAGAACUAUGGAGCAGAAAGUACACCAGUGGGCCCAUGUCAUAUCUGUCUAUGUCAUUCUAACCAUUCCCAUACGCAUUCUGUGAAACGAGACGAGGAAGCCAGGGUAAAAACCACGAGAGGCAGGGAAGUGCUGUUGUUAGAUGUCCCUUUACUCUAUGCAGACACAGAGUCUGCAUCUCUUGAACAGGUCACAAUGUUGUUCAAGCAAUCUUUAAAAAAACAAGUGUCUUGCUCAGCCAUGGAAUAAAUGAGAAUGAUUAUGACUCACACCGAUUUGAGGUGACAUGAGAAUGUGAGCGAGAGUGUGGCUGAUGUUCAGAUCCUCAAGUGCCAACGAGUGCAGCAUUAUCUUCUCUACCCGACCUUCAGAGAAACGUCAGUUACAGUAGACACACGAUUGGAGAUCUGAGGGUCACUGACUGACCUAGAAUCAGCCACUUGGUCAGCAGAGGAAUAAGUGGGCCUGUUUCUGCACAUGAAUUUGAAAAGCUCAAGCUCAUGUUCAUUCCAGUUUCUCCUAUAGUGUAGAAACGUUCUUUUAAGCACCUCCUGAGAAUACUGAAUAAAAACUGUGAAUAACUUUAUAAAACCCUAGUUUUUUUAAAACAAGUGCUUUAAAGAUGAACACAUUUAUUUAUGAAUAUAUUGAUCUAUAUAAUUUCCUUUUUGGUUGUUCUAAUCAAAGCAUUCCUCUGCCAUGGCCUUCAUCCAUUUUGCAGCCAGUUCCAGUGGA